GCAACAUUUACAACAGAUGACGACGCUAUUCGUUGAGGCUUUUGAGCACAGACGAUUUACAGUCAAUUUAAAAACGACGAAAUGACACUGCCAUGAUGGAGCGGCGGGUGGUCACGGGGGGGGCAGGGGGGCCACAGACUAUGCACUUGCACUUGGGGGGGACUACAAUGGUAUCGUCGCCGCCGUCUCCUUCGCCGGCCCUGCCCUCGACUAACGCCGUCAAUUUGGUCACCAUCGCCUCCUGGGCGGUGCGGUCGGCACGCAGGAUCUGCACGCGUUUGAUUUCUUCGUCCGUGGCGCGGGUGCCGAGCUUGACAAUCUCGAGGCGGCCCUUCACGCGGGCUGUGCGGGACGACAGCUGGCGGACCUGGAACAGGUGCUUGAACUGCUUUUGGGCGGCCAGUUGGUGCAGCAGCCGACUGAGGUCUCCGACCCACGCCACUUCGCGGCCUUGCAACACAAUGCUCACCUCGACGGGCGACCGGAAAAAGUAGGACGCCAGCACCGCCAGCUCGCUCUUGUGCUCGGCCACGUUGACGUGGGGGAUGCUCCAGUCCUGGAUGCAGGGGACGGCGACGGGGUCUCGUCGGAGGCGUUCGAUGCACGCCAAGGCCACGCCCUGCCACGCCGGAAACUGGUGGACAAACGUGGGUCCGUCCUCGAGCACCGCCGGCACAAACACAUGCACGACGUCGUCUUUCGUCGCAGCGUCGGCGCGCACCAACGCCGCGACGUGGGAACCCACCGCGGUGCUCCAAUGUAACGACGACACGGUGUCACAAGAUGCGAUAAUGUCCAACGCCCGGGCAAUGCCAAACAGCUGGCGCACCACACUCGCCCUCAAUGCAAACGUACUGGACCCAAACUCGCGUGAUUCUUGAUACGACCAACUCGACGCAAAACUCAUCAGUUCCUUUUGCUCCAACGACGUGAUGGUGCCCGAGGCGGCGAUCGCCGUGUGCAUGAGGCACGCCGCCGCCGUCGGCGUCUCUGCCACCAGCAGCGGAAUGUGCGGGUACGCCCGCACCGCCAGUCUCAAGAUGCCGACAAGGGCGACGGGCGGCCGGACAAGCGCCGUCAACAUAGCCAGAACUGACUCGAGCUUGGAGGGGUUGGUUGAGGCGGCGACCCCUACCAGCGCAGCCAGGGAUGCAAUCUUGACGCCUUCGACCAGACUCAAGUUCAAACUCGAUUGGUCGUUAAACAGCGGAAUCGUGUCUGGAAAGCAGCCAAGACGGUCAAUCAAGAUGGUGUCUACGAGGGGCUGCAGUCGGCGGAGCGACGCAUGGAUCGCCGUCGACUGUUUGUGGGAACAACGAACCGACGACGCAAAGUGGUUGAGCGCGGGCGCGAGGGUCUGGAGCACCAUCGCCGCUCGAUUCCGGCCUUCAAGUCGGUUAAAGUACUCGAGCACGCGCGCCACGAGCGAUGGAAACGCAAACGAAUCCACGACAGAUGUCACGGACGAUGGCAGCUUGGUGUGCAAAAACGUCAGGGCUCUUGUCAUGCGCGAGUCGAUCGCGUCGUCCACUUGCAGCAAUUGCACGAGGAACGCAAGGUCCAUGGCAGGCACGUGGUUGUGAUGGGAUGGGCAUCCGCAGUUGGUGCCGUGCGGGCCCCCCGUCGUCGUCUGGACGACCUUGGCGUCGUCGCGUAGCCUGGCGUCGACAAUGUCGCCAAAACACCCGCGCACCAGCUCCCCCGCAAACGGCGUGUUCCACAGCGCCGUCACCGCCGCACUCGUACGCGACGACGGAUCAUCCACAUGGCGGCGAUGGUGAUGAGGAUGGUACCCGGAAAUAAUCUGGGUCCCGCGAAGCACCAUCUCGUCGUGAUGUACCCGCGGGGGGGUGCCACAGAAAUGGGCGACAAGCGCGAGGCAGUUCGCCGCGCCGUUCGUCCGGUCCAGCGCACACGUGUGCUGGCAGAGGCUUCGAAGGGGUUUGUACAUGGCAUCGACGCCAAACGUCGAAACUGUCGAUGCCAGCGCGUCAAACAGGUGGUCGUCGAUGCCGUCGUACUUGGAGUAGCCGGCAAGGAACGUUGGAAAAAAGAACUGGAGGAAUUCGCUCAGGAGAGAUACAUCGCGUACCUCCACGAGCGCGUACAGCAUGGGCAGCAGCGCGGUUUUCGCGGCUUCGUUGUGUGCCUCCUGGUGCCACCGACGGGACGUCGACCCUGUCCCUGGCUUGGAGUGUUGGUCCGCAUGUUGGCGGAACAUCUGGACCAGGCGGCGGGCCAUGUAGGCUGUGGACGGGUACCCCAGCAGCAGGACGUCCGUAGCAGGCGUCGUACUGUAAAUGGUCGAUGUAGACGGCAAGGACGAAGAAGAAGCCGCGCCGGCAGCGUCCGUCGACUCGUCUGUUGGACCUUUCAACGCAUAAGUCAACGCGUCUACGCCUUUGGGCAGGCCCAGCAGCUGUAGCCGGAGUGUUUUCGGGUAAAACAACAGCGCCACAUGGGGACCAGGGGUCGCCGACGGGAACGACGUAACAAAGUCGUCGCGGGUCACGACGGGGGCUUGAAGCGCCAAGGCGGCCGGGGCGUCCGACGUUGGCGCGGGUACAAGGCGCCCCACCAAGAACUUUUCCUUUUUGACCUUGGGACCGGUAACCACCUCGACGUGUUCGUACUCGUCGUCUUCGCUGUAGUCAUCGUACGGGUUCAAGAACUCGUCCCUUUCAUCCGAGUAGUCGCUCCCAAACAAGAAGUCUUCUUCGAUCUCGUUAAUGUAGUGGAUCAAAUCGUAGCGGUGGUUCCGGCGGUGGAACUUGCGCAAUUUGACGGGGCGUUUGUGUUGCCGGGUCAUCUUGGUCAAGUACACGUCGAAGAAACGAGUGGCCACCAGCGCUUCGGCCUGCGCCAGGUCUUGGCCGGACAAACAUUCCCAGGACAACUGCGGUGGCGACGUGGCGGACGGCGGCGACGACGACGACGUUACGGGGGCGUAUUGGAGGAAAUGGACGUACGGCUGGGGACGAAUAUGACGCGUCAACGCCACCGCCCGCAGCGCCGACACAGAGGCGGCCACGGAAGGCGGUAGGGGUGGGGGCGGCGGCACCUGCGCGGCCUGUGGAGGAGAGGAUGCAUGUGGUUCGGAUGGCUUGGGGUGUUGAAGUGUCAAGUGAUAGACCAGCCAGACGCGGCGCCCUGCAGACGGCGAUGUGGUUUUCACAACACUGCCUUUUGUAUGGUAAAACGCGCAAUAGUGAGGCAACGACAUGUUCGCAACGCUCUUUCCCGAUGUUUCAAACGAGUGGCGGGAUCGGGCCAGGCGAACGACCAGUUGGCCGCCUUCGUGGUAGGAUGGCAUGGCCACGACCAUUGUCGCAAAGGAACUCGCAGGGGCACGCGGUGGCGUCACGGUUGCAGCGCUGCUCGCUUGCUUUGUGUCGAUGACAAGAUGGGACAGGGCUGCAGUCAGCUCGAACUCGGUCAAACCCAACUGGCGCCGGACUUCGCCAGACACGAGCGAGGCCACAAGGGUGUUCCACGCGGGAUUGUCAAAGGUUAGAGCCGAUGCAUGCACGCAACACGAGUCAUCCACGACUUGGAUAUGCUGAGACGUGCGAGAAGCAAGGUGACUGACAAUGUCGCGAGCUUGGCCGGAUGGCAGCGGCCAGGCCAACUCUUCUUCGAUGCCGUCAAUACACAAUCCAGGAUGGACGAAGGAAGGAAAGGCUCUCAUGCUGCAAUGCUUCCCUGGGCGCUCGGCCAGCGCCAGGGCAGCAGCAUACCCCUCACGGAUGUCGACAACAGGUCGCUUUCCCAUUCUUUUUG